AUGGCGGAAGCGGAAUUUAAGGACCACAGUGCCGCUAUGGAUAGUGAACCAAAUCCUGGAGCAUCUUCUGUGUCAACAACAGCCAGUAGCACUACCACCACGACCAUUACCACGUCCUCUUCUCGAAUGCAGCAACCACAGAUAUCUGUCUACAGUGGCUCGGACCGACAUGCUGUACAGGUAAUUCAACAGGCUUUGCACCGCCCCCCCAGCUCAGCUGCUCAGUACCUUCAGCAGAUGUACGCAGCUCAACAGCAGCACUUGAUGCUGCACACAGCAGCUCUUCAGCAGCAGCAUUUAAGCAGCUCCCAGCUUCAAAGCCUUGCAGCUGUUCAGGCAAGUUUGUCCAGUGGAAGACCACCUACUUCUCCCACAGGAAGUGUCACACAACAGUCAAGUAUGUCUCAGACAUCUAUCAACCUCUCCACCUCACCUACACCUGCACAGUUAAUGAGCCGAUCCCAGGCUUCCAGUUCUACCAGCGGCAGUAUUACUCAACAGACUAUGUUACUAGGGAGUACCUCGCCUACCUUAACGGCAAGUCAAGCUCAAAUGUACCUCCGAGCUCAAAUGCUGAUUUUCACACCCGCUACCACUGUGGCUGCUGUACAGUCUGACAUUCCUGUUGUCUCGUCGUCAUCGUCACCUUCCUGUCAGUCUGCAGCGACUCAGGUACAGAAUUUGACAUUACGCAGCCAGAAGUUGGGUGUAUUAUCUAGCUCACAGAAUGGUCCACCAAAAGGCAUUGGUCAAACUCAGUCAUUGACAGUUUGUCAUAACAAAACGACCGUGACCAGUUCUAAAAUCAGCCAACGUGAUCCUUCUCCAGAAAGUAAUAAGAAAGGAGAAAGUUCAAGUCUGGAGUCAAGAAGCACAGCUGUCACCCGAACAUCAAGUAUUCACCAAUUAAUAGCACCAGCAUCAUAUUCUCCAAUUCAACCUCAUUCUCUAAUAAGACACCAACAAAUUCCUCUUCAUUCACCACCUCCCAAGGUUUCCCACCAUCAGCUGAUAUUACAACAGCAGCAACAGCAAAUUCAGCCAAUUACACUUCAAAAUCCAACUCAAGACCCACCCCCAUCCCAACACUGUCUCCCACUCCAAAACCACGGCUUUUCCCCAGCCCCCAGUAAUGCCCAGUCACAACAUUGUUCUCCAAUUCAGAGUCACCCCCCUCCUUUAACAAUGUCUCCUAGCCCCUUGCAGUCAGCACAGCAGUCUGUAGUGGUGUCUCCUCCACCACCUCAUUCACCAAGUCAGUCUCCUACCAUAAUUAUCCAUCCACAAGCACUUAUUCAGCCACACCCACUCGUCUCAUCAGCUCUCCAGCCAGGGCCAAACUUGCAACAGUCCACUGCCAGUCAAGUGCAGCCGACAUCACAGCUGAAUCUACCAUCCCAUCUUCCACUUCCGGCUUCCCCAGUCGUACACAUUGGCCCAGUUCAGCAGUCUGCCUUGGUGUCCCCAGGCCAGCAGAUUGUCUCUCCAACAUCACACCAGCACUAUUCAACCCUACAGUCCUCUCCAAUCCCAAUUGCGACCCCUCCACAGAUGUCAGCAUCUCCUCCAGCUCAGAUUCCACCACUGCCCUUGCAGUCUAUGCAGUCUUUACAAGUGCAGCCUGAAAUUCUGUCCCAGGGCCAGGUUUUGAUGCAGAAUGCCUUGGUGUCAGAAGAGGAGCUUCCAGCUGCAGAAGCUUUGGUCCAGUUGCCAUUUCAGACUCUUCCUCCUCCUCAAACUGUUGCGGUAAACCUACAAGUACAACCACCAGCACCUGUUGAUCCACCAGUGGGAAUGCAUUUGAACCAGUGUCAUCUGCACAAAGUUUUUUCUCUUAAGGUUUAUCAAGUAGAAGAUGUCUGUGAAGAAGAAAUGCCGGAAGAGACAGAUGAAUGUAUUCGCAUGGACAGAACCCCACCACCACCCACACUGUCCCCAGCAGCUAUCACUGUGGGCAGAGAAGAUGUUACUGCUGAACAUCCUUUGUUAGAGCAAGUGGAAUUACCUGCCGUGGCAUCCGUGAGCGCUUCAGUGAUUAAAUCUCCGUCCGAUCCCUCACAUGCUUCUGUUCCUCCACCUCCGCUUUUACUUCCCGCGGCCACCACAAGGAACAGUAGGACCCCUAUGCCCAGUAGCAUUCCCAGCGUGGAAAACAAGCCACCACAGGCGAUUGUUAAGCCACAGAUCUUGACCCAUGUCAUUGAAGGCUUUGUGAUUCAGGAGGGACUGGAGCCAUUUCCUGUGAGUCGUUCGUCUUUACUAAUAGAACAGCCUGUGAAGAAAAGGCCUCUUUUGGAUAGUCAGGUGAUAGAUUCAGUGUGCAUUCAGCCAGAGCUGCAGAAUCACACAAAACACGCAGACAAUUCCUCGGACACGGAGAUGGAAGACAUGAUUGCUGAAGAGACAUUAGAAGAAAUGGACAGUGAGUUGCUCAAGUGUGAAUUCUGUGGGAAGAUGGGAUAUGCGAAUGAAUUUCUGCGGUCAAAACGAUUCUGCACUAUGUCAUGUGCCAAAAGGUACAAUGUUAGCUGUUCUAAAAAAUUUGCACUUAGUCGUUGGAAUCGUAAGCCUGAUAAUCAAAAUCUUGGGCAUCGCGGCCGUCGUCCGAGUGGCCCUGAUGGGGCAGCAAGAGAACUUCUCCUUAGGCAGCUUCCAAUUACUUAUCCAUCUGCAGAAGAAGACUUGGCUUCUCAUGAAGAUUCUGUGCCAUCUGCUAUGACAACUCGCUUGCGCAGGCAGAGCGAGCGGGAACGAGAGCGUGAGCUUCGGGACGGGAGGAUUCGGAAAAUGCCAGAGAACAGUGACUUGCUGCCCGUUGCACAAACAGAGCCAUCCAUAUGGACCAUUGACGAUGUUUGGGCCUUCAUCCAUUCUCUGCCUGGCUGCCAGGAUAUUGCAGAUGAGUUCAGAGCACAGGAGAUUGAUGGACAGGCCCUUCUUCUGCUUAAAGAAGACCACCUCAUGAGUGCCAUGAAUAUCAAGCUGGGCCCAGCCCUAAAGAUCUGUGCGCGCAUCAACUCUCUGAAGGAACCGUAACAGAACUGCGAGGCUCUGCGACACUGCGGUUGUGGUCUUCUCAAGCAGACCUGUAUAGUAAAGGCCCAGUCUGCCUAGAACGUGACCCUUGUGGUGGACAGCCGAGCACACUGGGAUCUCUUCAUCAAAUAAAUGCUGGCAUUUCUUCACAGGUAAAAUAAUUCAUUGUAUGUAGUGAGAUUCAUCUUACAGGUUUCAUGCGAAAUCACAAGAGACUUGUUAGAGCAGGUCACGAUAUUUUUCAAACAAACUCAUUGUAUUAGAUAAUUUUUUAAAAGUAAUGUUUGCAUUAAUAUCAUUUGAAAAGUAAUUUAAUGAUUUACAUUUCUCCUGUUUUGGUUUGUUUUUGUUAUACAGUUUUGUAUCCUAUUUGCUUAGUUUUCUAAAGGUGGUCGUGUUACGAACAAUUAGGAGUCCAGUGGCUGGAAAUGUAAACAAGUAUCAGUGUGCAUUUGAAACAAACUCAUCCUUUAGGCAAAUGCUCUGCCUAUUUUAAGGAUUCUAGCAUGAACAAUACUGAUCUGGAAGCCAGAUAGUUGGAAUUUGGUCUCUAUCUGAAUUUGACUGAGAUUUUGGUUUUGACUGAAAAUUGGUGUUCUCUCAUUUUUUGUACAUGGAAAGCAGUGGUUCCCCAGACAAGGGGAGUUUUGCUCCCCAGGGGACAUAUGACUAUACCUGGAGACAUUUUCAUUUUAGUUUAUCACUCCAGGUAAAGCUUGGGGCUGGGAGGGGAAAAGUUGCUACUAACAUCUAGUGGGUAGAAGCUAGGGAUGUUAAAGUCCCCUACAGUGCACAGGCAGCCCCCCAACAGAGGCUAGCCCAUCUAAUAUGCCAGUAGUGCCAAAGUUGAGAAACCUGAUGUAAAAUGAAGAAUGUUAAGCCUUGCUCUUUUUCACCCAAAGAGAUUUAUAAUGGUGAAGCCUAGUAAGACAUACAUACAAUGGAAGUAUUGUUUAGAUAACAUUAACGGUCUGCUAGUCUGCUAAAGUACCUUUUCAAUUGUAUGCAUACUAGGACAAAAGGGGAGGUCUCUGUUGGAUUGGCUACAAAAUGAAACCUAGUUCCAGAUAACCUGACUGUCAGAAAGUCCUCCUUCAUGUUAAUUAUUGUUCAUAUCUCUGUGCUCCUCUGCACUGACGAAGGCGUAAUAUGAUCAUUAUAUUGUGACCAGUGCCCAGCCUUUACCAACAAGAUGAUCAUUUGUGAAGACACAGGAUGGUUCUUGGUUAACCCUAAUAUGGAACACACUGGGUCUAGCUAGAAUGCACAUUCCUUUUUCUUUUACUUAGGCCCUUCGUGUUUCCUGCAAAGCAAAGCACUUACCAAGUGAUAUCUCUUGGGAGGAAGGAUCUCCUUUUGCCAAGUAUGUUUUAGGAAAAUUUUUAAUGCAAAAUCUUUCACUGAGCAAAGUUAGAAUUAUGACGCUUAGACAAAGUCAUUUGUGGUAGCUCUGGGAGCUUUCUAGUCCUGGAUGUCAAAGAGUUUAUUUGUGAAGAUGACGCAGGUUUCGGUUCAGUCAUUGCGUACCAUUGAUUUUACACCGCAUAGUGCGGUGUUUUGAUAAUUGAAGGAACAGACACAGACACUUGGCACAAGUGCAGUCAAGAGGGAGGGAGUCCGUGAGUGUCACUCAUUUCCACUGCUCUUUGCAGAAAGAUUGUGUUGAGCUAGAAGACGACUAAAGAUGUCAAUGGAGACGUCACAGAUAUUUAUCUUUUGGCUUUGUGUACAUUAGAGAUUGUUGAUUAUUUUUAUACAGAAAUACAGCGGGUACUUUUUUUAAUCUUUUAGAUGCCUCUUGUUUGAAUGUAUGCUUUGUGAGAUUCUUUUGUGUAGUACUGUUUAAGAGAAAAAAAGAUGUUUACUAAUAGUUAUGUGUAGUAUAAUUAAUAUGAGGCUCAUGUUCCAGACCUACAAUAGCUUGUGUCUGUGUUACAUAUUUCUUUAUAUCACAUUUUCAAAUAUGGGAUUAACAUUUCAAGGCAAGGCAGGCACUCUGUAGUCAGUUUUCAUUCGUUAGUUGCCAGACGUUUGACUUUGGAAUACAGUGUCCUUUCAUCAUCUUGUCAAUUUCAGAACCCAAAUCUAGGCUAAGCCUUAGUGGGAGAUAGCCCAGGGUGGGUGGGGUGCACAGAGCAAACCCUUCCCUUGAAUUAAAACAGUUAGCAGAGGUAACCCACGAGCAAUUCAUACAAAAAUGGAUGAGGUGAGUUGACUCUCGUGGGUGACUGUUGACCAUCACUGUGGUCAGGGGCCUUGGAGGCUUCUCUCUGCAGGUGUGGCAGGGGCUCCUUUUCUUCACUUGCUCUGGGAUCAGUCAUCAGGUACUUGUCCAAAGGCCCGUGCCCACUGACGACAGUGUUAAGUAUCCAGGAUGGGCUUUCAGAGUUCAUUUAUAAUUAAUGUGUAAUCAUAAGAACAGUCUGGAUCAUGUUGUCCCCACUCAGAACAUACCCCAAGGAGAUACUUGCUUUUUUCCAAUGAUCUGGGUUAGCUACGAGUGGCUCCUUUGCUUUCUUCACCGGUUCCAGAGCUUCCGUUCUGCUGAAUGACCACGGAGAUGCUGACCCUGCUGUCCACCUCACGCCGGAGCUUGCAGCACAGCUGUUGCAAUUUACUGGGGGAAAGAGGCAGGGAGGGUGCGGUUUUUUCUUUAUUAUCAAUUUUUUGUUGUUUCUUGAUUUAGGAGAGAGUGACGGGUAGGGGGAUUUUUUUCCUUCAAAUUAGCAUUUUCUGAUUAACUAAUGCACUCUUUUCCCAUUGGGAGGGAAACACAAACUUGACAUUUACUUUUAAGCCCUUCUUUUCCUGGGACAGGAAACUAACUUGAAUGAGCUGGUUAGUAAUUUUCACCUUUUCCUUGACCUUAAUGUAGGCCUGCGUAAAGCACAGCAGUGCAGUGGGCAUGGCACCGCCCCAGCACCAGUCACCUCCUUGGUGACAUGCAGCUACUUCCACGAUACUUUCACUUUGCGUGGCAUCGUCUAAGUCGGUGUUUCUGGUUUUCCUCGGUGGGGUGAGUGGUAAGGAAUGUUGGUGGGCAGCGUAGGGCAGGGAGGGAGGCAGGAAGCCCGCCACUCCACUUGGUCUAGCCCACUUCACCGUGACCGUUUGCACUUUUGACAUGAAUAUCUUAGUAUUUCUUAGAAAUUAUUGUCUCUGUCAGGUGUCCACUGUUGAUUUUUAUUUUGGGGUCUGCUGAAACACUAGCACUGUCUGAAACCAGUCCUGUGACCAUACCUCAAACAGUUGGUUCUGUAACAAGUCGGACAUGGUUAAAGUCAGAGAUGAGUGACCACCGUUUGGGGAAUUACAAACUACUCUGGGUGUAUGCAAAUGAGGCUGUCCCAAUAGCCAGAGCCCGGGGUGAAAUGAACUCCUGUCAGGACACACAGUUAUACCUUUUUGCAGGAGACAUUUUAGUUUGAUGGUUUGUACCUGUAGGGAGUUCCAGAACAAACGCUGUCUGUACAGAGCCUGGCAGGGAACAUCACCUGAUGGCACCAAGGGCCCCACGUGCUCUUUGCUUCACUGUACUCUCCCUGGCCUGAGGACUCUGCAGGGAAACUGUCUUCAAUGAGAGACGUUGUGGUACCAAAAGUCAGGGCAGUGAGGCCUGGGCAGUGGAGACUAGCCCAUGUAUACAAAAGGUGGCUGGGCCCACUAGGUGGGCUGGAGAGGGCUUGGGACAGCAUGGGGGUGCACCGCAUAAUAAAACAGUUAAGACAAGGAGGAGGGGAUUAGAAGGAGAAACAUUUCAGACCCAAGAGGCUAGUACAGUUAACUGAGGUCAUAUAGGCCAUAGCUGUCAUCAGCAGUGCAAAGUAAGAGUUUCUUUGUUGGAUAUCAGUUAUAGUGACAAAAAGGUGACAGCUUUUGUUUUGUCAUGAUUCACCUAGUAUCUUGCUCUCGCUGUCAGGUGACCCUGCCCUUUGAAAUAUUUAUGAAGGAGCUUCAAAAAGUUUGUGGGGCAGAAAAUGGAUCGAAAUGGAAUUUCUGCACGAACUUUCAAAGUCCCUUUUACGUAGCUCUAAUGAUGUUGCUAAUGUUGUAUCAUCAGAGUUAUAGAGAAAUACCAUUUUCAAAUAUCACAAUUGAACCAACCAUGUAGACUGUUAUAAAGAAAGGCAUUUUAAAAAUAGUAAUUUCAUUUGUCAUGUUGGGCCUCACUGGGCUUAAUGAGUCUGGGUUUCAGUCCGUGCCAGCCUCCCUCCAGGAGUGUGACUCAGGGCAGGUAUGAGUGGUUACACCGACAUUUAUCAAUUUUGGACUUUUGCAAAUCUAGGACAUUUGAUUUCAUCACCAAGAUUGCGAUUCAAUUUAGAUAAGCACAAAUACAGGAUUAAAGUAAGCAUGCUGAAAUUUACUGAACUCUAAUCUCAAUUUGUUAAGCUGUACAUCGUUUAAAAAAAAAUUCCUUGGGAAGACAGUCCUCUUUUGUUAGAGAUUCAUAAAACACGUCAGUAUACAAUUUCCUUCAUAGCAGCAGUACAAGCCUUUUCUGCAGCUAAGAAGUUUUAAAUAACAUUCUCUCCUUUGAGAAAACAUUUCCUAAAUUUCUGAGAAUUUUCAAAGUUUUACUAUGUAAUUUUUAGAGCUUAACCUAUUUUAAAAUUAAAUUCCAAGAAAAUGUUUAAGCUGUAAAGUAAAGCCUUAAUACAAUGAUCACCAUCCUAUCCCAGCAGAAGUAUUUUUCUGAACUUUGUGGUAAAAGCAGAUUCGAAGGGAGUUUGCCCCCCUUCUUUAUCGGUCAGAAGCCCAGCUUCUCUGAGGAACACCCUUCUCUCGUACUGUGCGCUUUUGGAGGUCAUUUUAAACACCCCCCUCUGCUGUAAGUUCCACGUUUGUAGAUCCUUUGGGGAAAGCUUUUCAAUGAAUGUUAUUUACGCCCUUUUUAUAGCUUCUGUACUUUAAUGGGAAACGAAAGUGACAGUUUUCAUCUCAGAAGGUUAGAAAGGCAGUACAAAAUGAGAUUUGGGCUAAUGGUUUAUACUUUAGAGAAAAAAAUUUUUCUUACUGCCUUUCAAAAGUUAUCAUUAUUGUUCUGUGACACUGGGGCAUUCGGUAUGAAUCUAGAGAAAGAACACUUGUGCAAGUGUUUCUAAAUGCAUUCUUCAAAAUUAGUAGUAAUGAAUGAGCCUUAAUUACAUAAUUACAUAAACAAGUAUGUAAUAACAUGGUAUAGCUAUACAUACAAGAGCAACCUAGCAGCUCCUUUGAGACCUACUCUUGAAAGCGAGUCCAGGCAUCUUAGGGAUUGAGAGCAGCCAUCAUUUAUUGGCCUAGAAGUUAUACUGCACAUACCACUAAUCAAUCUUAAACCCAUGUGAAGUGGCACUUUAAUUGAUUGAAGUAGAAAAGUUGGUGUCUAUGAAAAGCCACGUGGCUUUGACAUUUGUGAAAUAAACGUCUUUAGACGUUUUAGAAAGGUGGAGUUGUUAAGUCUUGCCUCAAGUAAACCAGAAGUGUCACCUGUUUAAAGUCUUUGUUUAGAUUGCUUCCUUAAAAGUAACUCUUUUUGUUUUAGGUUGUAGUAAAUGAGUAAUAAGCUACUUGAGUAGUAAACCGUAGAUCACGUAAAUCUGUGAAUUCACUUGAAGAGCGAAGAAGAAACCCCUCGGCCUUGAGGCCAGGUGGGUCCCUGUAUGACACCCCGGGGUGGUAGGUACCUCGUUUUCACCUCAGCCUUCACUCCCAGACGUACCGUCUGGUGACUCUGCUACUCAGAAUUUUCCGUUUGUUUUAAAUCAUUAGGCACCAUCCAGUUCUGAAGCUCUGAUUCUAGGGCCCAGAGUGGGGGCAUUCCUGAAGUUGCUUCUGCGUAGUUCUCUCUUCCCAUCUACUGCUUCAGUGUUGAUAGUUAAAGAGCUUUUGCUAAAAGAUACUUAAGUGUCCAUUCCCAGGGUCUCAGUCUUUGUUCUCUAAGAAUUCAGAUUCACCCGGUUCGACCAGUGAGGGCAGUUUCUAAGCGUACUGUCCCCGCGGUAUUCAUAGAGUCACUCCACCGGCAGACCAGCUGAGGACUAACUGUGUGCAGUGUGUGCUUGUAUGUGAUGAAGGAACUAGCAAAGUGUCAAGAAAAGCUUCCCACGCUGGAUUAGGUGAAGGGGUCUGCGGGUAUCACGCCGCAGUCCCUAGAACACAUUUCACCGGAGAAACAGCAGGCAGCUCUGUGCCCAGCUAAGUUCCAAGAGUAAGGGUAGGACUUGUCAGGCCACUGCGAUAGGUAGUGUUUGAUGGCAUUAUCGUGGCACUCAGUCUGCUCCAGAGGUGCUGCUAUACCAGAUGAGUGACAGGACAAGAGGAAGCAGGUGGUAUUGACUUAAAUCGUACAUUUUUGUACCUCAAAGGUUUUAUAUAGAAUAUUGCCAAUGUAGCAACUUCUAAAAACAACAACAAAAGAUUGCUGGGAUAGGAUUGUUUUUAAAGCAAGAAAAUGGCCUGCAUUUUACUUUAUUUUUAAGGUUAACACAAAUGCCCACAUUUUAAGACUCAGUAAUAGAAAGCAAAUGUUCCACAUAGGAAAGGGGUAGAUGUUCUUUAAAGUGCAGACCUGGUCGCAUAAAUGAGUUCCAUGCUUGAAUGGCUGGGUAUUUGGGCCGUGCACGGUGCCAGGAGGAACGUGGACUGAACUGGGCCAAGGUCUGUCUCUUCCUGCUCUGGGAGUCUGUGACUCUGUCUGCAAUUCCUGGUGACACACUUUUACAUAUGAAGGUCCCCUAAAGAUACAUAUGGAAAGUGUCAUACAGACAGAAUUGUUGCCGCUUUUAAAAGCAAGAAAAUGUCCAAAUAAGUCUAUACCAAACUCAAAAGAGGAACUAAAACCCAUGGAGCCAGAUAGUCGGGGGUUUUAAACACUAGUUGCCUGAUAUUUGGUAAAAAUGACUUCUAAAACAGGCUAGUUUACCUAACUUUUCUCGUAUCUCAAGCUGUUAAAGUAGCCAUUGCGUAAACACCUUCUGUGUCUGUACGCUUCAGCUUUGCAAGUCACCUGAAGGUGCAGAGACAGGGUUGUGCAUGAUGUCGGUUUCUGUGUAGAAGUCGGUCCAGGCCGUGCUCUUGUGUUCCCCGUCGCGGGCCCAGGUGCCAGAGGGAUGGCAGGCUGUGUUCAGAGUCAGGCAACAGUACUGGCGGCGAAGGCGGCCACGUGGCGGGGUGGAGGGGCGGCUGUGGACAGUGGUGGCCAGCAUUUCAAACGCCUUUGUUGAAAUGGGCUUUUUGUCUUCUUCCUUGCUAAAUUUAAAAAAUGAGCAAAGGCAAAUUGUGUGGUUAUUCAUUUUUUAAUUGUUAACUUUUCAUAUUCCUCCUGGUUCCUCCCCAUUGUUCUGAGACUUACACAUGAGGAAGUCCUCAAGAUGAUCCGCCCAGCAUGAGUAAAGGUACCGCCAAGGGGGAAGAAAACACGUCUUUCUCGUCACAGGAAACAAAUGUUAAGAUUAUGUGCACGUGUCUCCUUUACAUUGACUAUUGUAUUUUAGUCCUCCUUACAAAAAAUGGGAUAGUUUUAGCACCCUUAGCAUUAGAGUUCUUAGAUUGGUGUUGAUAGCUACAGUUUUAAAAUGUAGAACCUAAAAAAAAAAAAAAAGCAAACAAACCAUUAAGUUAAUUUUACAUUAUAAGAGCACACCAUGAUCUAUGUAAAAAUAUUGUCCAUUUGGUGUAUUUUUUUUAAAAAAAGAGAGCACUUUCAUAUUAACAAGUCGCAUGUGUAUGGAGUUUAGAUAUUCAUAUUUGUUGUGUCUGUAUCAAGUGAAGUAAAAUUGAACAUUUAAAUGUUUGUCGAUGGCAACAUUAACUAUUAAAUGAAAGCACCUUAUACUCUGCUGCUUAAACUUGCUUGUAAUUGCACCUUUGUUACCUGCACAUUUUCACAUAGAGUAUUGUUGUAACACUGCUUCGUGUGGGUCUGGAUGGGAGAUUUAGUGGGCCUACAGGAUCCCAUUUAUUUAUGUUGUUUAUAUUACAAUAAUAUAUUGUAGAUCUGUUGUAAGUUCAUUUCUUUACAAAUAAAAGCCUCUUCCAUUUGAA